AAAUAAUCUUGUCAUUAUAGAACAGUUUACAAUUCCUAUUAGAAGUUUACUGUUAUUUUUACAAACAAAUGUGAAUGGUAUUGAAGACAAAAGCCUAAACAAAAUGAAUAAUAAUUCACAUUAUGCUGAAAUGUUGGGUAAUCAUACAAAUGAUGCGGAAAUCGAAUCAUCCAGUCCAGCUAUGACGCUUAUCGUUGCUGUUGUCUAUCCACUUAUAAUCAUAUUUAGUACAGUUGGUAAUAGUAUUGUAAUACUAACUGUGGUGAGAAGUACAGCAAUGCGAACAAUUACGAAUUUAUUUAUAUCAAAUCUAGCUGCAUCUGAUUUAUUAAUGAGUUUUGUAGCGGCUCCCGUAACACCUAUAGUAUUCCAUAUGAAAAAUUGGAAAUUACCUACAUUUUUGUGCAAAUUAUUGCCUGUGACAAUGGGCGUUAGUGUUUAUGUUUCAACUCUAACUUCAACAGCUAUAGCUGCUGACAGAUAUUUAGUGAUCGUCCACCCGUUUAGAACACGUAUGUCACAAUGUAUAUGUGGACUAAUUAUAACUGGUGUAUGGCUUGUUUCUGUUCUAAUAUCCUUGCCAUUGGGAAUUUAUACGAAAAUUGGAAUCGAUCCACGAAAUAAUGAACCGUCUUGUAUGGAAUCAUGGCCGCAUACACUAUCAAGACCGAUAUACACAGUGGUCACAUUCAUUCUGCAAUUUGUUGCACCGUGUAUGAUAAUAUCCAUAUGUUAUUACCGUGUAAGUUGCGUGCUUCGAUCUAGAGGUUCAACAAAAAUUGGAUCUGGACCAAAAAGUCGAGAAAAAGAAGAAGUUGAAGUUAAACGCAAUCGUCGUACAAAUCGAAUGUUAAUAGCAAUGGUCGUAAUAUUUGUUGUUUGUUGGAUUCCAUUGAAUGUUCUCUGGAUAGUUGUGGAUAUAAUCGGUGAAAAAGCUGAAGGUUCAGUUUACUUUCAUCAUACAUUUAUAUUAUGUCAUAUGAUCGCGAUGAGUUCAGCGGUCUAUAAUCCCUUUUUAUAUGCUUGGUUAAAUAAUAAUUUUCGACAGGAAUUCAAAGCAAUCUUUCAGUGUAAAGCAGCAUUGUGCUCAAAAAAUCCAUCCAAGCUAACAACAAGACGACAAACACAGUUGAAAAGCUUAUCAUCAGUAUUCCCUUAUCAUAAUGAUGAGGAUGAUGAUCAUGACCAUGAUGCUGAAGGUAAUAACAAUAAUAAUAAACAUUACCAUCAUAAUAGGCAAAUCGAAACAAACAAUCGAAUGAAUAAGAGUAAAUCAAUCAACAAGCCUAGAGAACAUGCAAAUUGUAUGACAAUAGCUGAUGGUGACGGAGGUGUAUGGCAAGGACCUGCGUACAAUGAAACCAAUCAAGAAGUACAGCCCUAUGAUCGAUAAUGAUAACUGUUUAACUACAGAAGAUCUUAUUUUAAUGCUAUUAGCUAUCAGAAAUAAUUUGAGAUUAAAAUUAAACAGUAUUAGGAUUCCAAGAUUUAUAUGAAAACUAUAUCAAGUUAUUUACAUCACAUUCACUAAAGUCAAACAACUGAAUCGUUUUUCCCUUUCUUUCUUUUCAUAAGUUACCAGCUUCAAUUCUAUCCUUAACCACAAUUUAUGUUGGCAAUAUGGAAAUGAUUUGAUGUAUGUAUAUGUGCACAGGCUCAUUUAGUUAAAGGAACGCUUAUGUUUUAUGUUCCUUUUAUUUUACUUAAAAUGUGAGGCUUUUGCAUUCGUCCUUGUUUGUCUGUAUCUGCAAAUGUGUGUUUGAAGUGUUUUAACAAUGGCGAACUACCCACCAUGAUACAUUGAUGACGUAAUAAGCAUACACAAACGACUGUGAGGGAUAAUUAUUCUGUACUAAAUCAGUUCAUUGAAACUCCGUUUGAAGUCGUUAUUCACCUAAAAAUCAAAACACAGAAAGCUGUGCUAAUUAAUUGGAAGAUGUAUUCAUCAUUUCUUGCUUUAAUACUUAGGUGUGUUCCGCAGGACAUUCAAAAUUCUAAUUUUUAUGGCAAAAGAAUAGUGUCCGAAUUUAAACAUGUGUUACGAAUUGUUAUUCUUUAAAUUUAGGCUUUAUCUGAAGAAUAAAACAGUUCCUAAGGUAUGCAGAUAAUCCAGGAAACAAUUUCCAAAUGAGACUAAACAAUUAUUUGUUCAAAAGUACAGACUGA